AGCGAGCUUGUCGUGCCAACGGACAAUGUUCGAUUCCGCCUCGUGAAGUGUGAAAAAUUCUGUUUGGUAAAAAGUCUGAAGAGUUUCGGGGCUCCAUCGGUCAGUCUCCUACAAGUGCGGAAAAAGUCAUUUGGGAAGUUGGUGACGGGCGCGAGAGUGUUAGUGCGUGUGGAACGUGCUGUCGUCGAUGUGACAGACGACAGGAGACAGGCCUGGGCACAUUGACAGCAGGAGACAAGGAGUAGAUAUUUUUUCGGGUUGCGAUCUACAGUAAAAUGCAUGCAGUCGCCGUGGAAAAAGCGAGCUCGCCCGCGCCCGAGAAUGGGGCGUCGAAAAUGACAAAGAAAAAGAGCAAAACGAACCGCAAGCAACAGAGCCAGAAGUCAUCGGGGCCCGUUCCGCCGCCGGCGGAGAAUCAUAACGUGAAAGGUAAUAAAAACGUAAAUCAUUGCACAAAUAAUGGAACGACAGUGUCUAUGGAAAACGGACAAGACGACACAAAGUCUCUAAGUGAAAAGCUGGAUGGCGAGGGUCCCAUAAAGGAAAACGGUUGUGCAGAAAGUGACCACCACGGCGAGGAAAAUGGCGAGUUGGCGGAGAUUGUCAACUCGAAAAAGCCAACGCGCAGUAAAAACCAGAAAAAACGCAACCAGAAAGGGACUCGCAGUAGUAUAGAGAACGGAACAACUAAGAUUGAUAAGGAACCAAGUUCCGCAUGUGAAGACAGCGACAAACUCUGUAACAAUAACAACAUCAUUGAGAAAAGUCAUGCAAUCGACGAAAGUAGUCCCAUUGCGAAUGGAACCGAUGACUGCCCUGUUCUAAGCACUCAAUCGAAUCACGUAAUUCACGUUACAGACGGCGAAACGCCACCGUCAUCAUCAUCAUCUUCGCCUCAAUCGAAAUCAUCCUCGACGUCACCGUCGUCAGCAACAUCAUCGUCACAGAAAUCGUUGAGCCUGUCGCCAGGAACCUCGACAUCCGCGCCGUCACCGCCGCCUAGCUCAAGUAAUGAACAAAUUAGCAAUAAAACAAAUGAAAGCCAAGGACUAGAAUUAGGAAAGGAAGUAGGAAAAGAGUCAGCAACGUCGUCGCCCGACACCACGAUACCAGCAGCAACUGCUCCCAUUGCACCCAAUGGGGAGGAUGGCGCUGUGGGUGGCAUUGACAGGAGCAAUAUAGUCAUUGAAUAUAAACAAUAUGAAUCGGAACUGCAAAUGCAGGAUAUUAUGCGCCUCAUUCAAAGUGAACUAUCCGAACCAUAUUCAAUAUACACCUAUCGUUAUUUCAUAUACAACUGGCCAAAGUUAUGCUUUUUAGCGGCACACGGUGAUGAAUAUGUUGGAGCAAUAGUUUGUAAGUUGGAUAUGCAUAUGAACGUGAAACGUGGAUAUAUUGCAAUGUUAGCGGUUAAGAAGGAAUAUCGUAAACUGAAAAUAGGCACAACACUAGUAGAAAAAGCAAUUGAGGCAAUGCUUGCCGACGAUGCUGAUGAAGUCGUACUUGAAACUGAAAUGAAAAACACACCCGCCCUUCGAUUGUAUGAAAAUUUAGGUUUUGUCAGGGAUAAACGAUUAUUUCGAUAUUAUUUGAAUGGGGUCGACGCCUUACGUCUUAAAUUGUGGUUUAGAUGAGACUUUCUCUAGGUUAAAUGUCUUCAUUUGUUCUUAGUUCUAAAUUUUUAUUGUCAUACCAACAAAGAAUCGGAUAAAAGCUAAUAAAACACAAAAGCAGCAAUCUUGUAAAACAACACAGAAACAAGCAACGUUUAACGAACAAGUUUACAUCAAAAUUGGACGAAAAUAAUAUAAUCGAAAGUAGAAAAAAUUAAAAUUCAUUAUUCAAUGGGCAAGAAAUACACAAAAAUUGAUAAAAUAUUGGAGAAAUAAUCUUAUUGGGCAUAAACACGAAUUACUCUAAAACAGAAUCACACACACAUGAACACGGACGAAGAAUUGUUUCUUUUU